AUGGUUGUAGAGGGCUGUGUGUUGGCGCCUACGCUCUUCGGGAUUUUCUUUUCCGCUUUACUGUUAGUGGCCUUUAAAGAAUGCGAAGUCGGGGUUCACCUGCAUUCGAGGAAAGACGGAAGACUUUUUAACAUCAGCCUCUUAAAGUCGAGGAGAAAACGCCACGAUGUUAUUGCCCGUGAACUCCUGUAUGCGGAUGAUGCUGCACUAGUUGCGAACUCGGAGGAAGACUUACAGGAGCUAAUAACCAGAUUUGGUCGCGCGUGUGACCUAUUCUCAAUGAGUGUUAACACCAAGAAGAUCGUUGUUAUGGUUCAGGGCAUAGACGCGAUGCCGAGUAUCGUUUUCGAUGGUGCUACUCUUCAGGCUGUGGAUAGCUUCUGCUAUCUGGGCUCCAUAACAGAGUCAAACCUGUCUAAUAAUAAGGAACUGGAUGCACGUAUUGGCAAGGCUGCGGCGACGUUCGGCAAACUUGCCUCACGUGUUUGGAAGAACAAUAAACUAACGAUUGCUACCAAAGUCCUCGUAUACCAGACUUGCGUUCUAAGUAUUCUCCUGUACGCCUCGGAAACGCUGACUACAUACGCCAAACAAGAGCGUCGUCUUAAUGCCUACCAUAUGCGAUGCCUAAGAUACAUCCUGGGAGUCACGUGGAAGGACAGAAUGACCAACGAAGCCGUUCUCUUGAAGACCAACUGCAGCAGCAUCACAGCAAUCUUAAAACAGAGACGACUCCGCUGGCUGGGACAUGUUUACCGGAUGGGUCCCGAGAGACUGCCGCGUGAAGUCUUGCUUGGGGAAAUUGCUGACGCCAAAAGACCUGUGGGCCGCCCAAUGUUAAGGUUCAAAGAUUCCUGUAAACGGGAUAUGCAAUCUUUUAGUAUAAACCUAGACAGUUGGGAGACACGCGCUAGCAUGAGACCUGAAUGGCGCCGGGACUUAUCCGACGGGGUGACGGAGCACGACAAAGCCUGGCUCGACAACCUUAAGCAGAAAAGGCUCCGUUCCAGAGCUCCUCCACCUCUUGACUCGCGUUUCACCUGUGACAGAUGUGGCAAAAGGUGUCGGGCUGCCAUCGGACUACUAAGCCACCGAAGACGAUGUACCGGCACCACACAAUAA